AUGUCGUCCCCAACAAUGAAAGCAGUGAACUACGAAGGGCCUUACAAGGUCAAGGUGACCGAGGUGUCGUUGCCUAGAAUACAGCACCCUGACGAUGUCAUUGUCAAAGUUACCACAGCUGCCAUUUGCGGCUCGGAUCUGCACAUGUAUGGGGGGAGAACAGCCGCAGAAGCCGGCAUCACCUUUGGCCACGAAAACAUGGGAAUUGUGGAAGAGCUUGGAAGUGGUGUCACACUCUUGAAAAAGGGUGAUCGUGUAGUCCUGCCCUUCAAUGUUGCUGAUGGUCGAUGCCAUAAUUGCGAGGAGGGACGGACCGCCUUCUGCACAGGUGUCAAUCCAGGAUUCGCCGGCGGUGCCUAUGGAUACGUUGCCAUGGGACCAUACCCCGGUGGUCAGGCACAGUACAUCAGAGUGCCCUACGCAGACUUCAAUGCCUUGAAGCUCCCUCCCGGCAAAGAGUUUGAAUCAGACUUCAUUCUGCUUGCAGAUAUUUUCCCCACCGGCUGGCAUGGAAUCGAGCUUUCUGGUUUCAGGCCCGGGGAGACCGUUGCUGUUUUUGGAGCUGGGCCGGUUGGUUUGAUGGCCGCAUACUCGGCAGUUUUACGAGGUGCCUCGAGAGUCUACGUAGUCGACCGCGUCGCCGAGCGCCUCCAUUCGGCAGAGAAAAUCGGAUGCACACCGGUUGAUUUUACCAAAGGUGACGCCGUUGAGCAGAUAAAAAGGCUGAACGGCGGAGAAGUGGACCGAUCAGUCGACGCGGUUGGGUAUCAAGCCGUGGGUGCUGGUGGCAACGCGGAGCAACUCAAUAUCGUGCUCGAGAACAUGAUCAAGAUUACUCGAGCUUGUGGUGGACUUGGAAUUCCGGGACUUUACGUACCCAGUGACCCAGGUGCAUCCGAUGACGCAUCGGCAAAGGGCAUGAUUAGCCUGAGUUUCGGCAAGCUUUUUGAGAAGGGUCUCUCUAUCGGAACAGGCCAAUGUAACGUCAAGGCUUACAACAGAUACUUGCGCGAUCUCAUUAUCGCAGGCAAGGCCAAGCCGAGUUUCGUGGUUUCUCAUGAGAUCAAUAUCGACGAUGCAGAGAUUGCGUAUGAGAAGUUUGACAAGAGAAUCGAGGGUUAUACGAAGGUUCUUAUUCACCCCAACGGAGGAUUUUAG